GAAACCCAUUGAGAAAAAAGUCAUUUUAGUCACACCAAGUGAAGUCGGCGUAACGCGAAACGGGUGCACGCGAGCGUUACCGAAAAACCCGCUUUUAUAUCGCCUUUCAGUAUUUACAGUCCUUUAGUAUUUACGAACGCGAAACGGACGCUGACCGCUCGCCGUCUUCCGCAAUUCGCCGAAAGUGGGACCGCAUUCGCGCGCAACGGCCGAGAUCGCGAUGAGUAGGGGUUAGAAAUCGGCUCGGCACUCGCGUGAACAUGUCCGCGGAUAUGUCGGACAUGGACGCCGACAAUCAGAGCGAGGACGGAGAAAUUAAGAAGAGCCCAUCGAAGGAUAUGGGCGACUACAGCUUUUCGGAGGAAGAGGGUGGCGACACGGCCGACUCCUUGGAUAUUAAACCGCCGCAGGCAGUUGUGCGCCAUCAUAAAUCCAGCUCGUCCCGUCGAAGGGAGAAGCACAGCGACAGGAGGAGUCGCAGGGAUGAGAAGGAGCGAAAGUCGCGUCAACACGAGCGCGAGGACAGGCACAGGGACAAGCAUAGGCAUCGCAGGCAUGUGGGGGAACCUGCGGAAAGAUCCGAGCGUGUGGAGAGCUCCAAGAGGAACCGCGAGAGGAUGGAGCGACUAGACAGGAUGGAGGGCCAUUCUAGAGACAGGGAGUCCUCCAGGCACGAUCGCAAGGAAAGAAGUACGGGAGACCGUGUCCUAGAAGAUUUGAGGGAAAGAUUAUUGGACAAGAGAAGGGAGAGACGGGAGGAUCCGCGCGACACUCGGAACUACAAGAUCGAGUCGUCCCGGCACGAGGUGCGAUUGGAGGAGCUGCGAGAGAUGCGCGAGCCACGCGACCGGCGAGAAAUACGGAUGGAGGACCUUCGGGAGCGUCGUGAAAUGCGUACCGUGGACGACGGUAGGGAGCGUCGGGAGAUUCGCAUGGAGGAGCAGAGGCACAUACGGGUGAUCAUGGACGAGCAGUUCUCGGAGAGCGAGCUGAUGGAACGGUCCGAGAAACGUCGCAAGAGAUCCCACAAGCACGAUAGAGUUCGUGAGAGGGACCAAGAGAAGAUGGAGCGCGAGAAGGAGCACCGGGACAAACAGCUGCGGGAGGCGAUGGAGAUCGUAACCGACGAGGUUAGUGAGAUGGAUGUGCAGACGGAGAUCUCGAUACAGAUUAAAGAUCCAAAAGAGAUGACGGAACAGGAACUUAGGAAAGAAAGGCUGUUGGAGGCCGACAGAGAAAUGGCCAGGCGGAAGGAGGUGUCCAGGAUGGAGUUGGAGGCGAGGAGAAUGAAGAGAGGCGAGAAACGACCCGUGAGCCCGGACAACAACCCGGAUCCUUCGAUCGUAGAGCUGUCGGAUGAAAGCAUCAGUCCUGCUCAUUCCGAGGGCGCGCGAUCGAAAUCGGCCGAGUCGAGACACUCGUCCGAAGGGGAGAGAAGUCCGCACGAGCGCUCGUCGGAGCGACACUCGUCCGACUCUUCGGAAUCUAGCAGCGACGACGAUGACGAGUCUAACGAAUCGAAUAAAGGUUCCGCUGGCGACUCCAACGACGGCUCGGAAUACAACAAUCCAAGUCCGCUGUCUGUCGAUCGACUAGCCAAAUCCGAUCAUUCGGAUGGAGACUCUCCGGGACACGUUGAUUCUAACAAUGCUACGAAAACCGUAGAAGAGGAGGAAAAGAAAGAGGAGGAACCGGAGUUACCGCCAUAUCUGCCGGCUAUUCAAGGUUGUAGAAGCGUCGAGGAAUUUCAGUGUCUAAAUCGAAUUGAAGAAGGUACAUAUGGAGUUGUGUACAGAGCACGCGACAAACGCACGGAAGAGAUAGUCGCGUUGAAACGAUUGAAAAUGGAGAAGGAGAAGGAAGGCUUUCCGAUUACGAGUCUGAGGGAGAUCAAUACAUUAUUGAAAGCGCAGCAUUCCAAUAUUGUUACCGUGCGAGAGAUAGUCGUCGGCAGCAACAUGGAUAAGAUAUUUAUUGUCAUGGAUUACGUGGAGCACGAUCUGAAAUCCCUCAUAGAAACCAUGAAGCAGAAGAAACAAGUUUUUAUACCUGGAGAAGUUAAAUGUCUUAUGCAGCAAUUGUUAUGCGCUGUCGCACAUUUACACGAUAAUUGGAUACUGCAUCGCGACCUAAAGACGUCCAAUUUGCUGUUAAGUCACAGAGGCAUUUUGAAAGUCGGCGAUUUUGGCUUGGCUCGAGAAUAUGGCUCUCCCUUGAGGCAGUACACGCCGAUCGUCGUAACGCUUUGGUAUAGAGCUCCUGAAUUACUUCUGUGUGAUAAAGAGUAUGCAGGCAUAUAUAGUACGCCUAUUGAUAUGUGGUCCGUGGGGUGCAUUUUCGCCGAGCUUUUAAGGAUGGAACCACUCUUCCCGGGAAAAUCUGAUAUAGAUCAAUUGAAUAAAAUAUUCAAGGAGCUGGGUACACCGAGCGAAAGGAUCUGGCCAGGAUACGCCAAGUUACCCAUAGUACAAAAGAUUCCGUUCGCGCAUUAUCCUGUAAAUAAUCUCAGACAAAGAUUUAGUUUAUCGUUGUCCGAUUUAGGUAUCGAGAUGCUGAACAAAUUUUUAACGUACGACCCUCGUCAACGUGUAACCGCCGAAGACGCCCUGAAUCAUGGCUACUUUACUGAAGCGCCUUUGCCAAUCGACCCGCAAAUGUUCCCCACGUGGCCCGCCAAGUCGGAACAAGGAAUCAGAACCACGAACGCGUCCCCGAAGCCACCGAGCGGAGGCAGAGAGUACAAACAAUUGGGUGACGGUGACGACGCCGAUUUGAGUAACUCCGGUUUCCACAUGGGCUUAACGGAGGGUGGCAGAGCGCCGGCGGUUGGUGGUGGCUUUCACUUGAAAUUCUAGUUGAAAGCGAGACUUUUGCACUCUGUGAAUUGUAACAAUGAACUUUUUAUUUACAUAGAUUUGUAUAAAAUACACAUGUGGGUCUUUUGAAAAGUUCUCGAAAUGGAGUAUAAUAACUCGCACACAUUAAAUGGAAACUACCAAUAUUUCUAUGAAUACACAAUAAAGUUAUACUUUAUCCCAUCAAAUAGAUAAAUUUUUUUAUAGAUUUUUGAGUGAACGUAUCUGUGUGAUUUUUAAAAGAUGAACAAACUCGAGGACCGCUGUGAUUAAGUAUUCGGAUUAAGGCGUGAUUUUUUAUUAUCCUUUUUACUCAUCUGACUUAGUCAAACUCCUUCUUAUUCCCACAAUUGGAGGAAUUCCUUGCUGGGAAGAGAUUUUCGUCGGACGAAGAAAUAAAAGCGACGGAUAUUUGACAUCACUUGACGAAUCAGAGUUCGUAAUGAGACAAUGACUUUGUAGCACAUCGUAAACAGAGAUUGUGAAAAGUAAAAGUAAUUAUAAAGAUAUAAGCUGUUUUUCUAUUUCGUUGCGAGAACUUUUCAAAUGGCCUACGUAUAUGUGCUACGCCUAUAAAGGAGUGUGUCAUCCAUACGAUAUGCAUAUUCUUUUUAUUUCUGCUGUAGAAGAACAGAGAACGUGGAAAAUGUUUGUAUAUGUGUAUAAUUAAGGUAUAGUAUUUCAUUUUUCUAAACUGGAGACGUUUGCGAUUGCUCUUUGUAUUUUGUCGUAUAUGAUUGCGUAGUAUAAAAUGAUAGGUACGUGUAUUUAUAUAUCAGUUUAUUAUUGUCGAAAUGUGUGUGGAUUACAAUUGAUCUCGUAAUACUUUAAACCUUUCUCUUAUCUCCUCUUAAGUUAAUCGACGUUAAUCAUAAAACGACGAUCAAGAUAUCUCAAACCUGAAACUCUGACUUGCUCUGCAAAGUUGGAGUUAUAAUCCAAUGGAAUAAUAGAAAUAUCUGUUGUAAAAAUGAAAACCGCAGCGUCUGUAAUUAACACGGUUAAUAUCUGUAAUUUAGUUUGCACUUUACGAUGGUAAAAAGAACGUGAGAGGAAAAUAGUACAAGGAAUUAUGUAACGGAAAAAUGUAAUAAAAUAGGAAAUGUAUAUUA